AUCAUCAUCACCAUCAACUCCCUUAAACAUCCGCAUAUGAAGUGCUUACUCAGACCUCUCCCUCUGCCUUUCCACCUCCCCCUCAACAUCACCACCGUCAUUCACAUAACCGCCCUGCGUCUCUACUCGUCAACCAUGGCGCGGACUUACGAGUCUGCGCUCGCGCACCUCGACUCCAUUCAGUCGAACCGCGCCGUCACAUCCCUGUUCUCCCCUCCCGCCUCCGUUUCCGUUUCCGCCUCCGUUUCCGCUUCGUCCCCCUCCGCCAAGGACCUCAACGCCCUCGCCAUCCCGGAGAUGCUCUCGUGGCUAGCCCGCGCCGGCCUAGCCCAGGACGACCUUGCCCGACUCCGGUGCAUCCACGUCGCCGGGACCAAGGGCAAGGGCUCCGUGUGCGCGUACCUGACCUCCGUCCUGACGCGCGUACCCGCCGCCGUCGGCAGGGUCGGCACCUACACGUCGCCGCACCUGGUCUCCGUGCGCGAGCGCAUCCAGCUCGAUGGCCGCCCGAUCAGCCGGGAGCUGUUCGCGCGGUACUUCUUCGAGGUGUGGGACGCGCUGACGGAGGCGGCGCGGGACGAGGCCGCGCGCUCGGGGAACAAGAACGUUUCUGCCGCGGAGGUCGAGGGCCCUGCCUCGAAGCCGUUUUACUUCCGCUUCCUGACGAUCCUAGCCUUCCACGUCUUCCUGCGGGAGGGGGUGAAGAGCGCGGUCGUGGAGUGCGGCAUCGGUGGCGAGUACGACUCCACGAACGUGCUGCCCGCGGAAGCGGUCACCGCCUCGGUGAUCUCGCAGCUGGGUAUCGACCACGUCGGAAUGCUCGGCGGCACGCUGCCCGAGAUCGCGUGGAAUAAGGCGGGCGUGAUGAAGCCGGGGCGGAAAUGCUUCACGCGGAAAUUGCGGGGAGGAGAGGGGGAGGAGGAGGCUAUGCGCGUGUUGCGCGAGCGGGCCGCUGAAAAGAAGGCCACGUUGAUCGAGGUCGAAGACCAAGAGGUCGAGCGAUGGGGCGGUGUGAGAAGAACCGAGACGGGGAGCCUCGAGGGCGAGUUCCAGAGGUACAACCAGGCGCUAGCGCUCAAGGCCGCGGCCGAGCACCUGAGGGUUCUAGACGGGAGCCAGCAUGUCCCGGCCGAGGAGACGUUAUCGGACCUAGCCGAGCGUUUCUCCGACGGGUUGCGACAAGCCAAGCUGCAAGGACGUUCUGAGACGAGGCACUACGGCGAUUUCACCUGGCUCGUCGACGGGGCGCACACCGCCGAAAGCCUGCAAGUAGCCGCCAAGUGGUUUGCGGGGAAGCGCAAAGCCUCGGCGGGCGACGCGAAAGUAGUCCUGCUGUUCAACCAGCAGGAGCGCGACGUGGCGAAGCUUCUGGAAAGUCUUCACGGCGGUAUCGAGAGGGAGUUGGGAGCCGCCCAGGGCAAUUUCUUCGACUACGCCAUCUUUGCCCGAAACGACGUGCGGCGGAAGACGGCCGACGAACCCGAACGAGAUUUGGCUGUCCAGCAGGCCGCCGCGGACGCUAUGCGGGAGCUAUCGCCCCGGACGGAGACUGCCGUCGUAGGUAGCGUCGACGAAGCAGUCGAGAAGAUCCAAGCUGCGCAACGUCGAGAUGGUGGUAAAGUCGUGGUUCUAGCCACGGGCAGUUUUCAUCUCGUAGGUGCUCUACUUAGGAUAUUGGAGCCCGAUGCGGAAUUAUGAAAGCCUCGUCUAGGUAGGUAGGUAGCUGGUAGGUAGGUACCAGGUAAAACUAGUCCCGGUGACAUGGAUACGAUGAAAAAAAUACAAAAAAAUACAAAAAUAAAUAGGGUAGCUUAAGCUACGAUGAGAUACAAGGUUAGCGUUCGGGAGCGAUAGAUUAUAGGUCACAAGACCGUGUUAUAGGCGCCGCGACAGCCAUAUUUUCAACAAUAAGCAUGAAUGAAGCCU